UUCAUUUUCAAUUUAAUUAAUAAGCUUAGAAGAUUAAGAUUUAAGCUAACUCCAAAAGAAAAGAAAAAUCACAGCUCCCCAAAGUCAAAUUUUCAACCUAACAAAAACCAAGUUUUCAUCCAAUCCAAUACCUACCUCCUUCCUCUUCCACCUAUCAUGUUAUUUUGAUUCUUCUUCUCUGUCCCUUAACCCAAACCAUGGGACUUCAUCACAGAAAACUCCUAACAUGUGAUUUUUUCUGUCAUGCUGUAGUGUCUUGUUCCACAAACUGUGAUGACUGUAUCAAAGACUGCAGCUACCACCCUCCACCUCCACCACCACCAUCUGUUAACCACACCAAACACAAAACCUCCACUUAUUUGAUCAUAAGUUUUUCUAUUGUAGGAGCUAUUUUCCUUGUUUUAUGCUGCUAUGCUUUCUAUGUCAAGUUUUUCUCCCGUAGGAACAGUUCAAGAAGAAGAACCUUGCUAACAAGGCAACAAACAGAACAUGGUUUUGCUGUUGAUGAACAACAUGAUGACGGCUCUGUUGUCGACCACCCCAUAUGGUAUAUUCGAACUCCUGGUCUUCAACAAUCUAUUAUUAAUGCAAUCACUGUUGUUAAAUUCAAGAAAGGUGAUGGCUUGAUUGAUGGGUCGGAUUGCUCUGUUUGUUUGAGUGAGUUUGAGGAAGAUGAGAAUCUUAGACUUUUGCCUAAGUGUAACCAUGCUUUUCAUUUACCAUGUAUUGAUACUUGGCUUGUAUCACAUACUAGUUGUCCUAUGUGUAGAGCUCCUAUUGUUGUUGAUCCUUUAAGGAUUCCUUCUAUGGAGCCUAAUGUUUUUGUCGAAAGUUCUCGGAUGGAUGAUUCGGAGAAUAACGGUGGAAAUGGAUUUGAAGAUAGUGUUGUUGAUCACUUGAGAAAUGGUGAUGAAGAAGAAGAAGAAGAAGGAGUAGAGGUUGAGGAAAAUGAGAGUUCAAGGUUAGAGAUGGUAAAUGUGCAGCCAAGAAGAUCAGUUUCUUUUGAUUCUUCUUCUGCUGCUAAGAUCAAUCUUGCUCUUUCCAAUAAGCAAGAGGUAGGUGAAGUCAAUGAACAAAUUGUUUCAAAGAGGGUUGGUGGGAAUGGCAAUAUAGUAAAUAUGCAUAGUGCUCCUAGUUCAAUGGAUAGGUCAAGAUCCUUCAAUGGAAAAUACCUACUGUCUUUGUAUAGCAGCAAUCAGAAGAAGUUAAAUGUUCCACCUAGAAGCUUUUGAUUGUGUUCUUGCAUACUACAAUGUUUUUUUUUCUAACUCUCAAUAAGAGGAUGAGAGUUUGAGAGUUCUAUGUAUGUAUUAAAUAAAUCAAUGUUAUCAUUAACGAAAAAUAGUGUAAUGUGAUCAUGAAUGAUAAAUAUGAACGCGUGAGUUAUGGUUGA